GUCCAACAAUCAACCUUAGUGUAGAUUAUGCUUUUAGAUUUAUAUAAAAAAAAAAUACUAUGUAUGUUGAUUUAAAAAGCUUUAUCCCUUUUAAAGUGACAUAUUGAGGGGGUCCAACAAUCAACCUUAGUGUAGAUUAUGCUUUUAGAUUUAUAUAAAAAAAAAUACUAUGUAUGUUGAUUUAAAAAGCUUUAUCCCUUUUAAAGUGACAUCAAAGUUUAAUUUGGAAUAGGUUGAAAAUUUCUGUUAAAAGUAAUCAAUAAAAAAUUUUAUUUUUUAAGAGGUUAAUGUAAAAUGAGGAGGGAAUAUAUAAAACUUUUAGAGAAUAAUCUAUAUAAAAAACUUUUCUUAAAUCUAAGAGGAGCAAUGCAACUAAAGGAGACCAUAUUUACAAAUUUAGAGGAUGCAAACAUGGUGCAAACUUUAAAAUGUUAAAAGAAUUUUAAGACCAUUAUGUAAUUUUAUCAAAUUUGGGAGGGGGAGAGGCAAUUGCCCACCUUCAUUCCAAUGUGACUCCAACAUUGAGGAGGGAAGAAUGGGUUGAGUGGUACAGAGAGGAGGGAGUAUAAAUGAAAGUUCCUAAAUUCGAGACCUUUCACUUACAAACUAAAAAAAAAAUUUAAAUAGAUAUAAAAAAAAGGCAAUUUGAUGUUCGAACACACAACCAUAAAUGAAGCUAACUCCAUGUUUAACAAGUGGAUUCACAGCCUUAUGCAUACUCUUUAAAUUAAAGAUUCAACAUUUAUAUAUCUUGUAAAUAGAAAAUGAUGGUAAUGUAUUACUAUACAACAUAGUGACAAAAGUUUACAUAAUCAAAUCAGCAUGCACAUCACCUUUAUAAGGGAAAACCAUAUGUCAGGAAUUUCAGAAGCAACUAGUCUCCACCAGCAGCUUAGAUCAUCAAAUUAUUUGCAGCAUAUACUACUGAUCCUUUCUUUGUUUUUGUUAGGUAAGUUGGUGUUGUUGGUUCCCCUCUGAAAAGUAAACGAGGAUUGUCCAAUGGAUUCAUCACCGACCACAAUAUCCAACACCUUCAAGUACAAUUCCCCACAUCAACCAAUUUUCAACAUUGUAGAAGCCCCAUUUCAUCACAAAUCCUUUGCGCAGAGCUAUACAACAAGAGAUGCAUCUUUCUCCCCAUAUCUCAAACCCAAAGAACCCGAUCGAUUCCCUUCUCAAGUUGUGACUUCUGUCGCAGACGAUACAGAACUAAACGUUUUUGAUGCCCAAAAGUACUUCAGUGAAAGUACCAAUGAACCUAAAGAAUGCAAAGGAAUAUACUCUUCUCAAUCAAGUCUCAAUCAUGCAUCAGAGCCAAGUGAUGCAGGCUGGCGAUUUUCCUCAGCAUCAUCAACUGUCGAUGGCUACAGCAGAAAUUUCCAGGGACGAUCUUUCCAUGCUACUCCUACGGCUUCUUCUGAAGCUAGUUGGAAUAGCCAGACUGGCCUGCUAUCCAAUCCACCUGGUCCAAUUCCUGUAUCUUUGAUGAAUACUCGUGCUGAUCAUGAUGGAGGCCCGAAUAGAGGUUCCUCUUCGGCUGCCAAGUGGAUGUUUUGUCGAAAAUGCCCGUGUGGUGGGAUGAAAUCCGUUCAAGUUGAUGAAGGGAGCUCAGACCACAGAUCCCAAGCUGUCAAUGAGGACAACCACAAGAAUACUAAACCUGAUGUGUAUCAGAAAAGGCAGGGCCAUAGGUCCCAUGACCAUGAAAAAAUGGUAGAAAAGAUAUCCAGCAUGUCCCAGAAAAGUACGGUAAGUGAUCUUGAUCAUUCAGUAAAAAGACAUCAGACUGUCAGUUCAAAUACUUCAAGGGUUUCACUUCCAUCGGAGAAUCAUUUCAUUCCAACAUCUGUUUCCCAACAACGAAUCCCUGCAUCUGGAAAAGCGCCCUUUACGGAUGGAGCCAUGACAUUUUCUUUCCCUGUCUUGAACCCUUCUUACCCUUUUAAGCCUGAGCAGAAGGGCUUCCUGACAACACCAAAACUCAAUAUCCCUUUAGAUGAACCACAACGGAUAUCAUUGGAAGUUUUUCGGCCCUCAGACCGUACAAUCUCAAGGAAGUCGAUCGAUCAGCAGCGAGUUGCAUUAGGGGCUAAAACCCACGGCAGUCACUUGGAUCGUCGUGGUAAUUUCGCGUUUCCCGGAAGUCCUAUGACCGGCGAAGACGAUGUUGCUAGUGAUGCAAGUUCAGAUUUGUUUGAGAUCGAGAGCUUUUCCACUCAGACCACAUCGUAUCCAAAUCCAAUGUAUCGCAGGCGGGAUUCGCUGGACGAGGCCUCCACGUUCAAUGCAAGGCGAUUGGGAGGUUUCUAUGGUACCGAUGGUCGUGGGAGUCUUGACGAGCCAAUGACACCAACAACCGAGAACUAUGCACCAAGUGAAGCUAGCAUUGAUUGGAGUGUAACAACUGCAGAAGGGUUCGACCGAGCAAGCGUCUCUAACUUCUCCAUAACUGCUUCUGAAAUCGAAGAUUUCUCGAUCACGAGGCGGAGAUCUCUGGAGAAAGGAUCCACUCGUCAAGCUUGGAGCGGCGGUGGUGGUGGCAGCGGCGACAACAGUGCUGACGCUGGUAAGAAGAAAGGAACCGGGUUGUUGUUAAGCUGUCGGCAUGAGAGGGCGGUGAGCGUGGGACCUCAUCCGCUGAAAUUUAUGCCGGAGGGUGGUCCACCAUUGCCAUUGAUUUCGACAUCUGCACAUGUGAAUUCUGCGGCAAGUAGGCCACCAAAGCCAAAUGCUCCACCACUUGCCAAGGGUCAUUCUGCACACUUGUCUCUUGCUUUUGCUGCAUAAUGAGGAACGGUCCUAUCUAUAUUUCCAUGUCAGUUUGUAGAUACUUCCUCGUCCUUUUAAAAAAUAUCAUAUUUUUUUAUUUUAAAACGUUUCAAAAUAUUUAUCAUUAUAUGAUAGCCAAAAUUAUUUUUAAUUUCUUUUCCAAUAUCAUUAUGACUAAGUAAUAAACAUUUUUCUACUGCCAUGUCCACAAACGAUUGAGAGUUGGAGACUUCUAUUGUUGAGAAUAUGUCUCUUCAUUUUUACCUCUUUUUGGCUGCUAUUCACAUAGAUGCCUGGAGUUUGAUUUGUUCGAAGUUUAAACACACGGUUUUAUAUAAUGCAAACGCUUCAAUUGUUGUUGGGUUGUUCCUAACACAAUAUACAAAAGCUUCAAUAGUUCAUUUCCCUUAAA